AACAAAAUGGCAGAUAUUUGAAAUAAACAGCUGUUGUGUAUCUGCAAGUUUCGUUUACAUAACCACUUUAUGGAAAAACUCGUGUAUUUUCUUUGUUUCCACAAAUGUGACCGAACUCGAGGUGAAAUACGGGGAUUGUUUUUGUUAUUUUUUACAAAGGUCAUUGUCCUGCGCUAGUGAAAUGACAAAAAGAUGAUGAAUGGAGUUUUGUGCGUUGACAAACUACGUUUUCGUUUAGACAUUUUCAUUCACUCUUUGUCAGAAAGCGGUCGGAGACGGUCGCCCACCGCGUCCCGCUGUACUUUUCCAUUGUGUAAAUGUAAUAUAAUUACAGACUGAUAACCGUGUGCGGAGUAAAUGAGCUGAAAAGUUGACUAGUGCGUAAAGUUGUGUGUUUUAUUUUUGUGUUUUAUUUUGUUUGUGUUCUCUUGGAUAUCGUCGUCUGGCGCCGCUGACGGACUUUCAACUAUUUUGACACAUAUCUAACCCAACGCAACACCAAACGAAACAAGACUGAAUACUAUGUAGCAUAAGUUAUACAUUCCACUGAGACGAGCAUGCGCUGACGGCGCCAUAUUGCGACGCCAUAUUGUCGACGCCAUCUUGUCGACUGACACGAAAUGGCGGCCGUGGAGGAGAAGGGAGGGGAUGAGGCGGCGCAGAAGCUGCUGGAGGGGCGGGGGGCCAGCGUGGUGCCCGCGGGGGGAGAGGAUGGCGGCAUGUUGUCUGUUAAGUCUUCCAAGAAAGUAAAACUCCCAGAGGAUGAGCUCGGCACUGAGGGCGGCGUCGGAGGGAGGUUCACCAUCGGACCGGCCCCAGAGAGGGACUGGGAGAUGGUGCCCCCCGACGGCAAGUGGGGGUGGUGCGUGCUCGUAGGCGCGACCCUGGUGAACAUCUUGAUCCCGGGGACCAUCAAGUCCUUCGGGGUCCUGCUGGUGGAGUUCAACGACGUGUUCGGGGCCUCGCCGUCGGCGUCCUCCGGGAUAGUGGCGCUCUGCUACUUCCUCUACAGCAGUCUUGGUCCUCUGUCGUCGAUCUUGUCGGUGAAGUGGUCGUACCGCACGGUGACGCUGCUGGGCGGGUCGUUCGCCGCCUUCGGCAUGAUCUUCAGCAGCAUGGCCUUCAGCAUCACGUACCUCUACUUCAGCUUCGGCGCGCUGGUGGGCGCGGGCGCGGGGCUGGCGUUCCCGCCGACCGUGUACAUCGUGACGUCGUAUUUCGUGCGCCUGCGCGGGCUCGCCAACGGGAUCUGCAUGUCCGGGUCCGCCUUCGGCUCCAUCAUCCUGCCGCCAGUACUGAGGCUGCUGCUGGAGACCUACGGCUAUAAGGGCGCAGUGCUGAUCCUGGGCGGCAUAAUGCUGAACGUGUGGGCGGCCGCGCUGCUGUUCCAGCCGGUGGAGGAGCACUUGGUGCGCCGCUACAAGGAGGACGACGAGCUGCCACAGUUGGAGCCGUUCGCGGAGGAAGAGUCCUGCGAGAUCGAGCAGAACAAGCUGAUGCUCCCGGAGGACCACCCUCACGGGGACAAGCCUAACGGGUCGCCCCCCAUGCUGGUCCCCCCCGACUCCCCCACGCCUGGCUUCGCUCGCUCCGCUAGCGCCGCCCUUGUCAGACAAGACGAAAAGAAAGAGGACAGAACCAGGAAGAUCUCAACCCCAGCGUCGUCGAAGCACGGUCUCCAACACAUCCCCAGCAAGGCGUCAAACCACCUCCCGAGCAAUCCUUCGUUUUUAGAAUCAGUGCCUGAAGGUAAGGCCAGUCAGGUAGGGAGCCAGGAGGCGUUUAGCAAGAAGCUAGCCGUGCCGAAGACGCCCAAACGCAGUCCAUCAACAUCCAGCUUCCAAUACAUGUCGACUCCCUUCCACGGGUCUACUUUGUCUGCGUUUGAGAAGCCCAGCGAGUUCGCUUCACAGUUCAGCCUGAAGUCGGUCACGGAGAGCUUAGCGCCUUUAACCUACUGUUGCGGUUGCAAGAGGAAAGGCAAGAAGGAAGACGAAUCCAAGAAAGAACCGAGCAAGUAUUUCGAUUUGCAACUCCUCAAGGAUCCAAUUUACUUGGUGAUUCUAUUCUCAAACUGUACCAGCGCUAUUUCCUAUACAAAUUUCAUUAUUUUGGUUCCAUCUUACGCUAUCGAGUGCGGUUUCGACAAGUCCGCUGGCGCGUAUCUGUUGUCGAUCAUAUCGGCGCUGGAUCUAGUGGGCAGAAUCGGCGGGUCGGCGCUGUCAGACGUGGUCACCACGCCUAAACGGUACUUCUUCAUAGUGGGACUGUUACUUUCCGGUAUAAGCUUAUCUCUAAUACCGUUGAUGACAACAUAUCCAGCUGUCAGCGCGUUCUGUUCGGUUUUCGGCAUCGCGUCAGGUAUUAACACCGGAGUCACAGCCCUGGUCAUGACUGAGAUGCUGGGCACGGAGCGGCUGAUGUCCUCUUACGGCAUCAGUCUGUUCAUGAACGGUAUCCUGCAGCUGAUAGGGCCGCCUAUCUGCGGGUUUUGGUUCGAAUAUACGAAGUCGUAUAAAUCGUUGUUCGUAACGUUAGGUUUUGUUUUGAUAUUCGGCGCGUCGCUGUGGAUAUUUGUGCCGUUCAUACACAGAAGUAGGAGGCGCGCGCGACAGCGGCUGGAGAAAACGACAAACAUCGCGUAGUAUACGAUGUUGAAGGGUUCGCGUGGACUAUUCGCGAGUCACUCUUUAUGAGAUACGAUAUAGGUGAACAGGUUCAGUGGCGGCUCUAGCGGAAUAUUUAAGUGGCGCAAGACAUCGCAGUGGCGCACCUCAAUAUACAGUUUUUAUCGAUUAGUUUACGGCCACCGAAAUAUACCUAAUUGAGUCUUUUAAAAAUGUCGUUUAUGUGGCUGCUAAGAGGUCCAAUUCACAGGGCAGGUGUGCCCAAUCCAGGUACUUCCCUGUAGAUCCGGGGCUGCCAGCCAGGGUGGUCCCGUCUUGGCUGAUUUUGAACUUGAAAAAAAAUGGCCCCCGGAACAAUCGCACCGUUCGCACCGCCCUAGGGCCGCCACUGAACAAGUUUGAAAAGGCAAAGGGGAGAAAUAUACAGUUACUAAGUAAAUAAUAUGUACGACGGGUUGUAGAGAUUGAUUCUCGACGGCGCUGGGCACGGUACAACAAAACCAGGUAUGCUCAAAAGUGACAGCUAACAUUUCAAGGUUAGCCCAGCUGACGUCAUCCCACCCUGUGUUUUUAUAUUUACUUUACAAGGGUACUUUUAGUAAAAGAUUUACGUACAGUUUUAAUGUUUUUUGUAUAUGUGACAAAUAAUAGUAAUUAGUAAUUAAAUACAUAACGUAACAUAUACAGCCUAUAAACGUCCCACUGCUGGGCACAGGCCUCCCCUCAAUCAACCGGAGGCCACCACGCCACGCUGCUCCAAUGCGGGUUGCUGGUAAUUAAAUAGAUUAGUCAGUAAUUCAAAUAAUUUUCAAUAAUAAAAUUUAUAAUAUACUUUAUUGCACUUAACAACUAGUUACAUCACAAACAAGAAAUGGACGUUUACAAGGGCGGACUUAUCUCUAAGAGAGAUCUCUUCCAGCCAACCCAGAGGUAGUAUUAGAGUAACUGCGGAAGAAUAAAAAGAGGUGCAAUAUAUUAAAUACAUUAUAAUAAUAAAUAAAUUACGUUUUACGUUUUUACGUCCUUGGAAUGUUGGAGAUACCAAUUUAAUGGUAACACUUACGUCAUCAAUGGGCUAGCAAUGGCGACUUGUCACAGGAUUGACCAUACCUGGUUUUCUUAUACCGUGGCCACAGUAAGGUUACCAUGGCUACGUAUAGUGUUGUUGAACAAAAUGCUUUCUGAAUUCGUCUUUCGACUCAUGCCAAAUGUAUUCUCGUCCUAAUUCUUAGAAUUAUAAGACCGCGUUCACAUCAACGUGAACAUCUUACAAAAACAGGUGCCCAGUUGAAACGCUUAUUAUAGAUAUUUGCAAUUAAUAAUAAUUAUUUUUAACAUGUAAUAUUAUAAUAAUUAUAUAUCUCAUUCAAUUUUAUAGUGUCUUAGAUUCGAAAUCGAAAUAUUUGAUGUUAAUUAUAAUUGUAAAUUAAUCAAUUAUUUAAAAUCAUUGACAAUAUUAUCCGGUGAAAUAUCGGUUUUCAAUUAUCGGUACUUCUUAUAACGGUAAUCAAUUACCGGUACUUAAAAUUAAAUAAGUAUUUCGGUUUUAAACUACCGUAAUUAGUGUCAAUUUUAUUUGUCACAAGAAACAAUGCGUUUCGUCUAUAUUUUAGGGUAUUCAUAAAUAAUUUGUAUUAUUUUUAUCGUAUUUAACGCUAUUUUUGUAAUAGUUAUAAUAUUAAUCACGAAUUCCUGUUUAACUGUAUUAUUAAAUGUAAUUAAUUGAUAAUUAAUUAAUUGAAUUUUAUGUGUGAGUCUUUUUGUUAAGGAAUUGGGUAUUUUAGGUUUAAACCGGAUAAUUGAUACAGCCUGGUCGCAAUUGAUGGAAAAUGUUUAUUAAGUAGGAGAAAAGACAAUUAUGUCUUUUUUAUGUGUUGUUUUAUAUCGAAUACGCGUGAUUGUAGAUACAGGUAUGAAAAUAUUUUUUUAAUCAGCAGGUUUUAAUCAAUUUUAUUUUUAAAAUAUAAUUUCGGCAUUCAUUUUAUGAUCCGGAAUGUAAGGGUUAUUAUAAAAAAGUAUAUUUUAUUACAAAAUUCUGGGUCUCCCGUGUUAUUAAAAUCAAAAUAAUUCGUAAUUAAUUACUUUUGUCAUUCAGUUAAUCAGUUAAUUGUACUUAAGUUUGAUUCAAUUAAUUGAAUUAACAAAUACAAUGAGCUACAAUUGUAGUUACGCGCAAUGUCAAUUGUACGAACAGUGCCAUUUUAACAAAAAAAAUAAUGUAGGUAUAUUAUGAAAAAAUGCCUUAAAUAUGUGUUGUAGGUACGUUAUACUUGUUAACUUAAUAUUCCAUAAUUAUAAUCUAUUUUUUCACUCUCUCAAUUCGUAUUCUUUCAAAUGUAAAAUACUUAAAAGUACAUUCAUUCAUUAAAAUGAGGAAUUCUUAUAAAAGUGAGUUCUCUAAUCGGGUUUUAGUUAAUCAUAGGCGCCGAUUUUGUAGAUACUUACUUUGAUAAUUCUGAAAAAUAGUGCUAUCCUUUUCUAACGAUAAGUGCAAGAAAAAGACAGAGCUUUACAAAUGUCAAAGUAAAUUAUAAUUAAGUAGGUGUCUACUGGAGUCGGCACCAUAGACUUGCAUUUAGUAAAAGUUGUGUAUAUACAUUGCAGGACACUUACACCCGUAUUCUGAGAUGUUCACUCUACUGUUCCUCCACUGGACUCGACCUCAGCUGAGCAUUUGAUAUUUAAAGUUGACAUUUACUUUCUCUUGAGGACGUUACUCACUGGAGUCGAGCAUAUCGUAUUGCCAACAUAAUAAUACGAAAAUAAUGGCGUCAUGUCUCGCUGGAGUAAACUAAUGCUGAUUUUGAGCUAAGUUCGAGGAAGACCUUGAGGCCGCCUCAACUGGGGACGGAGUCGGUUAUUAUUUGAGAAUAUGGGUGUAAUUCUAUGCAGAUUUGGCAGAUGUCGCGACGCCAGCGCCCCCAGCCGCGGGACUUGUUGCGUGGCGCGAACUCUACCAUUAAAUAAAGGGUGUUAAUGACAUCGUAACGAAAACUUUGAGAGAUGAUUCAGACCAUGAGUCUGAGUUGAUAUCAAGUGGAAUUUUCCGUCGUAAAAAAAACAAAAAUGCUAUGAAUUUUCCGAAAUAAUUCUAGUUAAAACACAUAAUAUCGGGUUCUUACCGCGUUUAAAUCAGGAAUAUGAGUCCCGAUAUUUCGACACUGUUGCCAUGAUAACGGAUAUCAUGAAUAUCGGAAGUCUCAUAUCCCUGUUUUAAACGCGGUAAGGACCCGUUAUUAUGUGUUUUAAUUAUGAUAAUAACCGCGUAAACCUAAAGCAAUGUAUAAUUCCAGUUGAUAUGAACUCGUAAUCAUAGUCUGAAUCAAACCCAAAAUUUUCGGUACGGUGUCCUUAACACCUAGUAUUAAUACUACCGUCCUUUGACUGUUGUAAAAGCAAUAUAUUCCGUAGUUCCAAUACAUUAAUAUAACAUUCGUUACAUAUGUUAUGGUGCUCCCACACUGAGGUUAUAAAUUGUUAUGUAACAUAACAAAAAAUACUUUAUUGCACACGCAGGAAAUACAAAAUCACUAACAAAGUGAUAUAAAAGAGUUCAAAAGGCGGCCUUUUCUAAGUCGCAAUGUUACUGUAAUAUAAAAAAUACUUAUCUCAUACUUUUAAUUAAUUUCACCACACAAAGUAUGUAUAAUACUAUUAUACGUCAUAACAUCAGUGUAGGAGCACAUUUACGAUUGAACAUUCAUACUUAAUAGCGUUUAAACAGUUUGUCGAUACGUCUGUUGCCCAAACAAUUUUAGUAAAAAAGCACAUGUACAUAGGACGUCACAUUUUUAUACGGUAAAAUUUAUAUACUGAAACUUCGCGGGCGAAUGAAGGCUAAUUGUGCUGAUGCAUGGUAGUUAUACCAUGGUUUAAAAUGUUAUUGAACAUUUGUUCAUUGAAGAGGUUUAUUUAUUUAUUUAUUUUAUUUAUUUAUUUGUACACAAUGAAACAGACACAAGAAACAUACAAAGAAAACAGAUAGUACAGGCAAGCUUAUCGGCUUAGCGGUUUGUAUUGUUUCUUUACAAUAAUAAUAAUAAUAAUACCCUCCAAAAGAGGAGAUAAACUAAAGUUUAAAAAAAAAACUAAUAACGUUUAUUGCAUCAAUUCAGGUUAGGUACAUUGCAGAUUACAGUGCAUAAAAAUAGUAUCACCAAAUUCUACUUUUUCAAGCAUACACAAUGAAAGAACGGACGGUACAAGUUACAUUACGUUAACUACUGCCUAUAUAAUAAAAUAACAAUUAAUAAAAUAUCUUAAGCUACCCAUAUUCAUAAAAUAUUAAAACUAAAAUAACAAAACACCAAAAUAAAAAAAUCGAAAUCUAAAUUAAACAUCAAAAUUUACAAUCUAAAUAUUCUUUGACGCUAAAAUACGAUGAAACCACUUGAAUUCAAUUUAUUUGCGUAAGAACACUUUUAAAUUGCUGUGCCCCGUGUCCAUAUGUGUUACUCACCUUAUAUUACCAACCUUCAUAAGAUUAAUGACUACCUGAAUGAUAAAAAUGUCUGGUAUUGAAUGUGUUUCUCUAGAUUAAAUAACUUGUAAUGUAUACCCUCAUUGGGUUUUAAAAGAUGUGUUGCUGUUUCUUGUCAUUUCUUCUCCUCAGCCAUAACACCUUGCGAAAUGACGUAAAUUCAAAAAUGUUAUAUUGGCCUUCAACAAGUUUAUCCAUGAUAAUUACGUUAAAUAAAUGAUUCUGAUUUCUGAUUUCUUCUACCAUGUGGAACGCAAUAAAUGAUAUGAUUAUGAUUUUUAGGCAAGCAUUAAUAUGUAUACACUUUGGUACCAUGUCACAUUAACUUUUUUGACAAAUUGAACUGUAAGUCUCACUAAAUGUCAAAUAUGUUAGUGCGACAGAGUCCUAAAGUGGGUACAUUAUAUUGCUCGUGACCGUACAAUAAUAUUGUUAAAUAUGUUAUAACUACAGUGUAUCAGCACCUUAAUGUUGCACACUGUGAAUGAGAGCAAUUGAUUUGUUACUUAUAAUAUAGUUAAGAUGUCUGCAAGACUUGUUGGGUGUAUAUUAUAAUAGUUAAAACUUGGUAUUGUAUAAUAUAAUAUUUUUAUUUGGAUAA